CCACCUCCAACACGCCAUUCCCUGUAUGAUAACGCGUUUGUGACCCGUCUCUUGUCUGCAAUUAUCUUUACUAAUCCACCCGUAGCGGAAAGUAUAAAGUCGUCAUUUAUUCUACGCGUUUCGGUGAUUCUGCACCGCAGCCGCUAUGGACAUGUCCGCGUCCAGCCAGUGCAGGUACAAAUAUGAAGAAUGCCAAAAGACAGUAGAUUGGCUACUGGGUCACACAAACAUCCGGCCAAAAAUUGCCAUUAUCUGUGGAUCAGGUCUUGGAGGCCUGUCUGACCUGCUGAACAACAGCAUUGCGUUUCCUUAUAAGGACAUCCCACAUUUCCCCCACAGUACAGUUGCAGGACAUGCAGGACAGCUUGUGUUCGGCGAGCUGAAAGGAAAGCAGUGUGUUUGCAUGAAAGGUCGCUUUCACUUCUAUGAGGGCUAUGACAUUGCCAUGGUCACAUAUCCAGUCCGUGUCUUUUUCCUUCUUGGAAUCAAGACUUUGAUUGUUACAAAUGCUGCAGGAGGAAUAAACUCUCAUUUUAAGGUGGGAGAUAUUAUGAUGAUCACGGACCACAUCAAUAUUCCUGGCUUUGCAGGCCAGAAUCCUUUGUGUGGCCCAAAUGAAGAGAGGUUUGGUGUACGCUUUCCCUGCAUGUCUGAUGCAUAUGAUAAAGACCUGGUCAAGCUAGCCGAGCAGACAGCUGAGGAGCAGGGCUGUGCUAACUUUCUUCAACAGGGAGUCUACUGUAUGGUGGCUGGACCUAACUAUGAAACUGUGGCUGAAUGUAAAAUUCUUCAGUUGCUGGGGGCAGAUGCUGUAGGUAUGAGCACAGUGCCUGAGGUGGUGGUGGCACGUCACUGUGGCCUGCGUGUCUUUGGCCUCUCCCUCAUCACCAACAUGGUAGUGUCUGACUACAACAGUAGGGAACUCAUCAACCAUGAAGAGGUUCUUCAGACCACACACAUGCGUUCACAAGAUGUUCAACGCUUGAUCAGUCAUCUCGUGGAAAAGAUUUAAAGUCAUGAUUAUUGGUGACCAGGCGAUGCAAGCUACCUAACAAUGAUGUCUAAAAUGCUACAAUGAUAUAUCUACAGCCAGCAGCCAUGUAUUCAAUUAUUCUGAAACCCUAAAACAAAUAUAUACUGUAUAAUAUAUAUUUUUGUACUAAUCACUUAAACACCUAAAGGACACACAUCAUGAAUAUGUAAUAUUUUACAAUAUGCUAUCAAGCAAAAACAAAUUAUUUGUCACAUUAGUGUAGAACACUGUGAAUAGCACAAAAUCCUUCAUUAUUAUUAAUUUUAAGUCAUACAUGGCUCUCUUGCAACAUGAAAGAGUCACUAGAACAAACAGGUACACACAUGCAUUCAUAGAGCAUUUAAUGCUAUGCUCACAAUGGUCACAGAAAAAACUUUAAUCUGACAAAAGUAAUAAUAAAUAAAAAGUGAACGUUAA